AUGUUUUUAUUUUUAAUUCUUUUAUUUUUAAUAAUAUUAUCAUUUUGGAAUUUUAUUUGGAAACGUCGUAAUCUACCCCCAGGACCAACACCUUUACCAAUUUUUGGAAAUGCUUUUGCAAUGGAUAGGUUAAAAUACCUAAUUAUUAUUUUAAUCUUAAGAGACUUAUGUAGAUUAAUUUAUGAACAAUUUCAAAUUUGGGCAAAGGAAUUCGGGCCGGUUUACACAAUUUGGAUGGGUGAAGUACCUAUAGUUAUGGUUACUGAUUACGAAUUAAUUCGUGAUUUGUUUGUUAAAGAAGGGGAUAUUUAUGCUGGAAGGCACUUUUUGGUAGAUUUGUUUCAGGAAUUUAGAGCUGCCAAAAACCUAAAAGGAGGGGUAACACGAAUGGAAGGAGAACAAUGGAAAACUAUUCGUCGUUUUGGCCUUCAAUCUAUGCGAAAUUUGGGUGUUGGAAAGAAUGAACUUGAAAAUAAAUUAAUUAAAGAUUUAGAGAAUUUUAUCGAGAAAUUAAAAGGAGAAUUAAAAACAAACAUUACCGGAGAAAUUAAUUUACAAAAAUAUAUUGACAGAAUUGUUGGCUCAACAAUUAAUCGUCUUCUCUUUGGUUAUGCUUUUGAAGAUGAGCAAAUAAACGAAUUUUAUGAAUUAAAAAAUAUUAUGGAUAAUGAACUAGAAUUAUUGUCAAGCAUUACUGGCCGAAUGUUAUUAUCUAUGCCUCGUUUACGUUAUUUACCGGUCUUUUCAAAAACAUUUAAAUUAUUGGAUGAUAAUAUAGAAAAAGUUUUUAAUUAUAUAAAUAGAAUAGUUUAUGAAAGAAUUAAUAAAAUGAAAUUUGGAGAAAAUGAAGAACCAAAGGAUUUACUCGAUUAUUUUUUAAAACAAUCAGAAGAAGCAAAAAAUGCUAAUUGGUCUGAAGAGAAAAAGGAAAACUUUGAUUUGAAAAAUUUGGCACCUUUUUCAUUUGAUUUAUUCAUUGCUGGGCAGGAAACAACAGCAAAAACACUUGGGUUUCUAGUUUUAUAUUUGUUACUAGAUCAGCGAGUUCAGAAGAAAUUGCAUAAAGAAUUGGACAAUUUAAGAGAAGAAAAAAUUAUAAAUGGUUUUGAUGCUUAUUUUACAAUGACUGAUAGAACUAAAUUACCUUAUUUAAAUGCCGUUAUAAAUGUAAGGAUUAAAAAUAAAUUUUAA